AUGGCUGGUAAAUCGUUCAAGGGUACUCGAUCAAAUCUAUCAUCCAGCUCUGACAUUCCCGAUGCACUCGGCAAGCCUCCAAUUCCUACAGUCACAUUCGGCCGCAGAACCUCCUCCGGUCGCUACAUCAGCUACUCCAGGGAUGAUCUCGAUAGCGAAAUUGGGAGUGGUGACUUUAUGAACUACACAGUGCACAUACCUCCGACCCCAGACAACCAGCCCAUGGAUCCAUCCAUUUCGCAGAAGGUCGAAGAGCAGUAUGUGUCGAACUCGCUUUUCACUGGGGGAUUCAACAGUGUUACACGAGCUCAUCUUAUGGACAAAGUGAUUGAAUCCGAAACCAACCAUCCUCAGAUGGCUGGUGCCAAAGGGUCAUCAUGUUCCAUUCCCGGGUGUGAUGCAAAGGUCAUGAGCGAUCAACGCGGGGAGGACAUUCUACCCUGUGAGUGUGAUUUCAAGAUAUGUAGAGAUUGCUAUACUGAUGCUGUGAAAACAGGGGGUGGUGUAUGUCCUGGAUGCAAGGAACCAUACAAGAACACUGAUUUGGAUGAAAUGGCAAUGGAGAGUGCAUUGCCUCCGCUUCCCCUGCCUCUGCCUAAUGGGAUGUCUAAAAUGGAGAGGAGGUUGUCACUAAUGAAGUCAACAAAGUCGGUUCUGAUGAGGAGUCAAACUGGUGAUUUUGAUCACAACCGGUGGCUCUUUGAAACUAAGGGAACUUAUGGCUAUGGGAAUGCUAUAUGGUCCAAGGAGGGAGGUUUAGGAAAUGGGAAAGAUGAUGAUGUCGUUGAACCAACUGAGCUGAUGAACAAACCAUGGAGGCCUCUCACUCGGAAAUUAAAGAUACCUGCAGCUAUUUUGAGCCCCUAUAGGCUUCUAAUAUUUGUCCGUAUGGUUGUCCUUGGGCUGUUUUUGGCAUGGAGGAUCAGCAACCCAAAUACUGAUGCAAUGUGGCUUUGGGGAAUGUCAAUUGUUUGUGAAAUCUGGUUUGCUUUUUCAUGGCUGCUCGAUCAACUUCCCAAGUUGUGCCCAAUAAAUCGUUCUACAGAUCUUAAUGUCUUGAGGGAGAAGUUUGAAACACCUACUAUCAGCAACCCCACCGGGAAAUCUGAUCUUCCAGGCAUAGAUAUCUUUGUGUCCACUGCAGAUCCAGAUAAAGAACCACCACUUGUCACAGCAAACACUAUCUUGUCUAUUCUAGCUACUGAUUACCCUGUUGAAAAACUUGCUUGCUAUGUUUCUGAUGAUGGAGGUGCACUUUUAACCUUUGAGGCCAUGGCCGAAGCAGCUAGUUUUGCUAAUAUAUGGGUCCCCUUCUGCCGUAAACAUGCUAUUGAACCCAGGAAUCCUGAAUCUUACUUCAGUUUGAAGAGGGAUCCAUACAAGAACAAAGUGAAAUCUGACUUUGUUAAGGAUCGUAGAAGGGUGAAACGUGAAUAUGAUGAGUUCAAGGUUCGGAUUAAUGGACUGCCUGAGUCUAUACGUCGCCGAUCAGAUGCUUAUCAUGCCAGGGAGGAAAUCAAGGCCAUGAAGCUUCAGAGACAGAACAGAGAGGAUGAACCUGUGGAGAGUGUGAAGAUUCCUAAAGCAACUUGGAUGGCUGAUGGAACCCACUGGCCAGGGACUUGGUUGACCUCUUCAGCUGAGCAUUCUAGGAGUGACCAUGCUGGUAUUAUACAGGUGAUGUUAAAACCUCCUAGUGACGAACCAUUGCAUGGAGCUGAUGGAACUAUAGAUGAAGCUAGACUCAUCGACCUCACUGAUAUUGAUAUCCGCCUUCCCAUGCUGGUUUAUGUGUCUCGUGAAAAGCGGCCAGGCUAUGAUCACAACAAGAAGGCAGGGGCCAUGAAUGCUCUUGUUCGAGCCUCUGCUAUAAUGUCCAAUGGCCCAUUCAUUCUCAACCUUGACUGUGAUCAUUAUAUCUACAACUCUCAGGCAAUGAGGGAGGGUAUGUGCUUCAUGAUGGAUCGUGGAGGUGACCGGCUUUGUUAUGUUCAGUUCCCACAGAGAUUUGAGGGUAUUGAUCCUUCGGAUCGAUACGCCAACCACAACACAGUUUUCUUUGAUGUCAAUAUGCGGGCUCUUGAUGGUCUCCAGGGCCCAGUUUAUGUUGGAACUGGAUGUCUGUUUCGUAGAAUUGCCCUGUAUGGUUUUGACCCUCCUCGAUCGAAAGAACAUCACCAAGGUUGUUGCAGUUGCUGCUUCUCUAGUCGCAAAAAGAAUAAGCAUGCCUCAGUAGCACACACUCCUGAAGAAAACCGAGCCUUGAGAAUGGGUGAUUCUGAUGAUGAAGAGAUGAAUCUCUCGCUUCUGCCUAAGAGGUUCGGGAACUCGACUUUCCUCAUCGACUCAAUUCCAGUGGCAGAGUACCAAGGUCGGCCUCUUGCAGAUCACCCGGCUGUAAAGAAUGGACGACCACCCGGUGCUCUUACCAUUCCUCGUGAGCUGCUUGAUGCAUCAACUGUAGCAGAGGCUAUCAGUGUCAUUUCCUGCUGGUAUGAAGACAAGACUGAGUGGGGAGACCGUGUCGGAUGGAUUUAUGGUUCAGUUACUGAAGAUGUGGUCACUGGUUACAGAAUGCACAACAGAGGAUGGAAAUCAGUUUACUGUGUGACCAAACGUGAUGCUUUUCGUGGAACUGCACCUAUCAAUCUCACUGAUAGGUUGCAUCAGGUCCUCCGUUGGGCUACAGGCUCAGUUGAAAUCUUUUUCUCCCGCAACAAUGCCCUGCUAGCCAGCCCAAGAAUGAAGCUUCUGCAAAGAAUAGCAUAUCUCAAUGUUGGUAUCUACCCCUUCACAUCCAUCUUCCUUAUCGUCUACUGCUUCCUCCCUGCACUUUCGCUCUUCUCUGGUCAGUUCAUUGUGCAGUCCCUCAAUGUUACUUUCCUGACCUAUCUUUUGGUCAUCACCCUCACCUUGUGUAUGCUUGCCAUACUUGAGAUCAAAUGGUCUGGCAUUGAGCUAGAAGAGUGGUGGAGAAAUGAGCAGUUUUGGUUGAUUGGAGGGACCAGUGCUCAUCUUGCUGCUGUGAUUCAGGGGCUAUUGAAAGUUAUUGCAGGGAUUGAAAUCUCAUUCACCUUGACUUCAAAAUCAGGUGGUGACGAUGAGGAUGAUGAAUUUGCUGACCUCUACAUUGUGAAAUGGUCAUCUCUGAUGAUACCCCCAAUAACAAUCAUGAUGGUCAACUUAAUUGCAAUAGCAGUUGGAUUCAGCAGAACAAUAUACAGCGUGAUUCCGCAGUGGAGCCGAUUGAUUGGAGGUGUUUUCUUCAGUUUCUGGGUUUUAGCUCAUCUCUACCCUUUCGCCAAAGGAUUGAUGGGGAGACGAGGCAGGACACCCACCAUUGUUUUUGUAUGGUCGGGACUCAUUGCAAUCACCAUUUCUCUUCUUUGGGUGGCUAUCAAUCCCCCUGCGGGUGCAACCGAGAUUGGAGGAUCGUUCGAAUUUCCCUGAUAGGUCGAUAUUAUCAUUCUUUACAGUUAAUCAAGCUGUUUGAUUUACAUUCCUUUAUUUGUUUUGAUCCUCUGAACAAGUUAAUCAUUCUGGUUAUAUAGCACUGGCACCAGUUAUUCCCAGGUUCCCUUCCUCAUUUAAAUUUUGUGUAGC